GCAAAAUUUAGCUCAGAAUUUAGUUCUAAUUGAAGCACUGAACUGUGAAGCACAACAAAGUGAUUUAUUCUUUAUUAAAUGUGUUUGAAUUUUAUUAAGUUGUACAUCAAUUUUAUGUCUAUCGAGUGAGAUCUGGUAGAACAGCAUGUUUCGACUGCUAUUGGUUGUCACCAUCGUGUGCUUUGCGCAGUCGCAUUGCGCCGUGACGUCACAGCAUCCACGUCUGUUGCAGACAUUGGGGGAUGCUACAAUUGCGCUGCAAGCAGCACAGCAAAGCCUUGAAGAUGAGCUCAAGCACAGACCGUCGUUGUCGUCGUCGUCGUCAACUCUGACGUCCGUCAGCGUAGUUCAGGAUUGGAGUUUGGUGUGUAAAGAGCUCUGCGGAGCUGGCCUCGGCGUAACGCCAUGUGCGAAUUACUGCCAAAAGUCUGGCGGCGGAAUGGUGACGAUCCUGAACACUGUUUUCGAUUGGGCUAAAUGCGGGCAACUGACUGGAUCGCAAAAUGCUUCUGAGUGCAAGGGAGCUGAGCCUCUCAUCUCCUACGGCGAUCGACUUUGCUCGAGCUUCUGCUAUCAGCGCCGUCGCACAUUGAACGGUUGCAGUCCAUGUCAGUUGUUGAGUGUUUCGGAUGAGGAAAAGGAUGAGAAGGAGAAGGAGAAGGUCAGUGCAGUGCAGAAUGCGGCUUCACAUGGUUCCGGAGAUGGCGCAAGUUUGACGAUGACAGCAACAAUGCAGCUGGCAGUCAAACCCCAAGUUGAGAUUGCGGGAAGAGACACUUCAGAGACGCCGGACUGGGACGAAGUGUGCAAGACGCUGUGCAAGACUGGCGAUGGCGGGUCUUUGUGCAACUGUGAUCUAUCGCCGUUUUUCACCUGAGCUUCACACCUGAGGCUCUCGUUGAAGGUGCAUAGAUCGCAACUAUAAAAAUUAUUUCGUUGUCUUUUUGUUGUACACUCAAAACAAAAAUCUAAAAUCUAACAAAAAAAAAUGCAAAAAAAAAAGGAAAUUUAAUUUGGUGUCGCACUCUGCGACAAUUUCGAUUUGUGUUAAAAAUGCUAGUGUUGUCUUUAUAUUCACUGUUGUUAAUUGCGAAAGUUUAGUUGAAUUGUAUUGUAUAAAUGCGAAAUAAGCACAAAAGUAAAUCUAUAUAAAUAUAUAAAUGAAAUACUUGUAAUGAGCCAUGAGCAAAAACAAAACAAAAAUUCCCUAUGCGAAUCAAUUAAUUUAUAAUUAAUUUCAAUUAAAAAAUAAGAUGAAAACCUAAUAAUAACAACAAGCGAAUCUACACAACACAACAAAAAUCACAUUCUCAGCUCGUAAGCGGAAAAAACAGCAAAAUCACAAAAGGGCUUCCAGUGCAUAACAAUUGCGAAUCCUUCGAGGAUCUAUCCGAAGAUCUUCGAGAUUGCAUUGUUGGCACAAAACCAAACCUAAGGAUUAGUUGUAGGAGCUAACAGGAGGAGAAGAGAAGAGAAGAAAAGAGAAGAUCAUAAUGCUUAGAAAUCAAACAACCAAUUAAUAUCAAAAAUACACAACAUAUCGUCGUGAAUACAAUUAUUUACAUACUACUAUUAUAAUAUGAUAUCACUUUUGUUUAAUUAAUGGAAUCAGCAUAUCAAUUUUACAAAGGCAGAAGGAAACAAAAUUGAUUAAACAUUUUUGAGUUCAAUUUAAACAAAAAGAAAAGUAAUAUAUUAAUAUCAACAACAACAAAAAAGAAUCAGCAUCAAUUACGUGUCACAAUUAUAAAUGUUAACCAAGAGUUUAGUGUUGGUUAUUAUAUAUAUGAAUACGAUAUAUAUAUAGCUAAAUUGGUCUAUAAAAAAAUAACAACAAAAAUGAGUUGCGAUUGCAAAUCAGAGGCUCAUUGAACAGAAAAGAGAAGCUGAAAGAAGUUUUUCGACGAGAACAUUAAUUAAAUAAGUGUAUUUACUGCAAAUAUCUCAAUGUGCAUAACUAUACAUAUAUACAUAAAUAAUAAUAUAAUAAUAAUAGUAUAUGCUAAAAAGUGUUUGGAAGACAUUUUUUCGCAUUUCAGCAAACAACAACAAGCAUUUUGGAAGACAUGCGUCAAUUGCGAAACCAACAUCUCUUGCAAUUAGUUUCUUAAGAGCUUAAACAUAGUAUACAAAAACAAAAACAAAACAAAUUAUUAUUUCCACAUAUUAUAUUUAAAAGCUAGCACACGUUGUUGUGUUAAACGCGACGCUGUGACAGACAAUAAUUAAAUAUAAAAAAGAAAACAAUUUGGAGAAUGAGAAAAAAAUACAUUCACAAUCGAAUGUGUUUUGUGUGUGUAAAGUUUGGCUACACUGAAGAAAAUUCUAUUUAUAUAUAAAUGUUAGAAAAACAAAAAAGAAAACUAUAUUCAUAAUCUGGCACUCUAUAAAUGUUUGUAAUUGCACAAUUAGUUACGAAAAAAGAAGAUUAUGAAAAAAGUGACAAAAAAUGAAGCAGUUUAAUAUCGAUUUCAGAGCACAUUUAUUUACCAUUUAUUGCGGCUUCAAUAUAUCAAUGUGUAGCAUGUUUAAACAUUAUCCACAAAUACAUUAUAUUCUAGUAUAUAAAUAUAUAUAUACAAAUUAUAAUAUAUAUAUGAAUAAUGCACUUUACAUUUAUGUAUAUGUAUAUGUGUUAGGCGUUGCGUUUCUGCCAUGAAUACAGCGGCCGAAAGAGUCUUAAAUCGCUCAAAAAUAACAA